AUGGUCUUAUCCGGACGUUCUCAUGUACUCUGGUCUACUUAUAUCUGGGUUGCCUUGGCCAUCGCCUUUGCUGGUAACACCCAAGCGAAAUUCCUCAAAGCGGAUCUAAAAUGGCCUAUCCUUCGAAGAGCCCAGGGUGACCUCCAAUCCAGCCUCACUGAUUUGUUGAUAUUGAGAGAGCCUGACAACGACCCGAUAUUUGAAAAGGCUAUGCGAGUGGUCGACAAUCUCGCCACCCAGUCGACCUGCCAUCAAGCCGCGGCAGGUCACUUGCUUGUGACUUGUAAGACGAUUGGCGCAAACAUGGGUCGAGAACAAGGGAAACACGAACUACUAGAGAGGGCUCAAUCAGUAUACGCAGUCAGAGUGGCAGUAUGCGAAACGGGUGAAGGCAGAGCAGCAAUCCCCCCUGCUUGCAAACCAAUUCUUGAAAUCCCUCAACGACUUGACCACGAGAUUGACGUCGUCAAUAGCAAAAUACUGGCUUCCUGUCUUGAAGCGUUGAUCACAGAACAUUACUACUGGACGAGCUAUAGUAACAACAGACAAGAUGCCAAUACUUUGUGUCAAGCCACUACUAUCGAGUCCACCAGAUUGGAAGCGCUUCAGUCCUACCAGAAGCUGGCAGAACUCCUUCCCGAGCUUCGUGCUGCACUUGGUUCGACCCAUUCUCAGUGGCUGGCUUUCCUGGAGCAGCAGCAGGAAGAGAUUGCGUACGUGAGCAAACUUGAGCGGAAAAGUCGAGAUGAACGCCAGGCACAACACAAACAUGAGCUUAACAUUUUUCACGACACUAUGAAUAUGGCGAAAGAAGGCGUGCAUAACGCAUUUACGACUCUGCAGCGACGGAUAGCUAGUACGCAGGAGGGCGUGACCCAAACCCGCGAGACUCUGGGAGAUGUGUUUGCUGAUUUUGUCAAACUUCGAGAACUGUUGCACACAGCAAUUGCAACCACUGGUGAGCAGCAUGCUGAAGCUGCAGCCGCCCAAUUGCAAGAGAUGAGCAUUGCCCAUGAGCUUGCCCUUGCCACCACAAAGGCACUCGAAACUAUACAGGCGGGUGGAAUAGCCCAGGAUAUCAACAAGCUUCUUCAUCGUCUAAAGGACGGACUCGAUGAAAUUUCGGGUAUACAGUCGACCCAGUUGGCGGGCGUGAAGCAUCAUCUGCAACUCAGCGGUGAGUUGUCUAUGGCCCAGAGGGCUAACCUUGCCUUGGGCGAACAAAUGAAACAUUUUUCGACUUCCCUAGCUUCUGAACUUGACGCUGCAACCACCGCGGCCGGAAGAGUGUCCAGCAAGCUUGACAGAGUCAAUCAAGCGUUGACGCGCGUUGAAGCUGCUUCCACCAUUCUCAGCUCACUUUUCGCCGUCAUCACAAUACCGUCCCGGAUCGUGGAGCACCUUCAUUUGAGAUUAUUGGGACUUUUUGCCAUGCCAGCUUUACUGUUGUCGGCCUGGAAGCCACCAACAUAUUCGUACAUACUGAUGACUUUCUACGUGUUCCUCGAAAGCCUCAUAUCCUUGAUCGAAGAGCAUUACGACAAAAUCAGCAUUGCUUCGCAGUACCUCAGCAACAGAUGUCAAGCUAUCAUAUUGACUUUCGCUUUCAAUAUCUCCGGCAAGAAACUACUGGUUGCUGGGCUGAGCAUGGUGGUUGUCUUCUGCUGCUUCCUGCUGGCACAUCCUCUCAAGUCGCAACCGAUAUCUUCUUUACCCCUAAAAUCCAUUGAAGAAUUUGACGCCCUCACAAUGGCAGAGCGAUUUUACCUGGAGAACAGAUUGCGGAAUGCCAAAUAUCUGGGGCUUUCAAGAGACCGUUACCGACGAGCAGCGACUGUCUGCUAG